UAUACAUAUUGAAUGAGAAGGAAUAGAAAUGAACAAAUGAUGGAGGCACUAGGAUUCAGACAAACUAAAUGGAAGCGAUUAGGCUGGAACACCAAUGUUACAGCCAUUCAGCGCUCACCGACGUUGGAUAAAACUUGUCAAAUUCCAAGGGAUGAAAGAUCCAAUAUCAGCAAUAUUACGCCCAACUCCAAAGAUGACAAGAAGCCAGCGGCCUACGACAAUGACAGGGAGAAAUCCAAGUUGAAUCCUGAACUAGCCAUUUGCAGAGGAUGCCUGCAAGGACUCUCGACGACAAUACCAUGCGAUCAAAGCUUAGGUGAAAAACCCACCAACUCAUCGUUGAACUGUAAACCUUCUCCUUUAUUUUUGUCACCUUCUGGUAUACGGGGACCAAGAAAACGUGCACUGCUUGUCGGAGUUACUUACAAGAACCGGAAGUACAAGCUCAAGGGAACUGUGAAUAAUGUCAAGAAUAUGAGGGACUUUUUGAUCGAUAGCUUCUUUUUCAAACCAGAGAACAUCCUGGUUCUCACAGAAGAUGAGACAGAACCGUAUCUAACUCCGACAAAGAAAAACAUAGAAACAUCGUUAAAAUGGCUUGUGAAGGAUUGCCAGGUUGGUGAUUCACUAGUGUUUUAUUUCUCCGGCCAUGGCUUGCGGCAACCAGAUUUCAAUUCGGACGAACUUGAUGGAUUUGAUGAAACUAUUUGUCCAGUUGAUUUCAUAAAAGAAGGAAUGAUUAUUGAUAAUUAUAUUAAUUCCACCAUUGUUUGGCCACUUCCUAAAGGUGUCACUCUUCAUGCUAUUGUUGAUGCUUCUAACAGCAGCACUCUCGAUCUCGUCAAUGUUUACGACAAAGAAAAGUAA